ACCAUACUAGGUUUUGCUUUUCAGAGCAGAGAGGACUUUGCAGGAAGACUCGUUAGAGUAAAAUCUCUCAUUUCUUCAAGGCAGCUGCUCUAAUCCAACAUGGGUAUCUCGCGGGACUCUAUGCACAAGAGGCGUGCCACUGGUGGCAAGAAAAAAGCUUGGAGGAAGAAGCGCAAGUAUGAGCUUGGUCGCCAGCCAGCAAACACUAAGCUCUCAAGCAACAAGACAGUCAGGAGAGUCCGUGUCCGUGGAGGCAAUGUGAAGUGGAGGGCCUUGAGGUUGGACACAGGAAACUAUUCUUGGGGUAGUGAGGCUGUCACUCGGAAGACCCGUAUUCUUGAUGUGAUGUACAAUGCCUCAAACAAUGAGCUUGUCAGGACGCAAACUCUCGUGAAGAGUGCAAUUGUUCAGGUUGAUGCAGCCCCCUUUAAGCAGUGGUACCUUCAGCAUUAUGGUGUUGACAUUGGUAGGAAGAAGAAGGGGCCUGCUAAGAAGGAUACCACUGAGGAUGGAGAGGCUACUGCUGAGGAAACUAAGAAGAGCAACCAUGUUGUCAGGAAACUUGAGAAGCGCCAGCAAGGCCGCACACUUGAUCCUCACAUUGAGGAGCAAUUUGGGGGUGGUAGAUUGCUGGCCUGCAUAUCUUCUCGCCCAGGUCAAUGUGGCAGAGCAGAUGGUUACAUCUUGGAGGGUAAAGAGCUCGAGUUCUAUAUGAAGAAAAUUCAGAGGAAGAAAGGCAAGGCUUCUGGUGGUGCUGCUUAAUCAGAAUUCUAUGUUCUUUUCUUGGGGGUCUUAUAAUAGAAUUUUAGGUUUUUAUGCUUCCUUAAGCUUUUGUCACCUGUACUUUAGCGGCACAGGAAAGGUUGCUGGAACAUUUUCAGCUACUUAAUUGCUAAAAUUUUGAGUCUUUUCUUCUCCCUUUAUGAAUUAAUUAUAUGGUCGUUGUUAGACAUUUCAGAGUACUAGUCUUUGACAAGCAAGCUGUCUGAUUUGCUCGUGCUUUAAAUUCGAAUUUCCACCUCUUUUGAACUUC